ACACGACCCAGAAAGAGCGAAAGAGAGCCGCUGCGCUUUUCUAUCCUCUUUUCUUCGUUAUCCUCUUUUCCAUUAAAACCCCCACGAUAAGAAAAAGCCUUUAAAAGAUGACCUACCAGUACAAGAUUGGAGAUCGUUCCGCUGACCCUAUGACCGCAGUGUUGCCGUACGAAAUUGUCUUGACGGUGUUUUCAUUUCUUCCAACUGAACAACUGGUGGAAUGCUUGAAUGUUUCUUCCUUUUGGCGCUAUCGACUUUUGCGCAGUCCAAGUUUGUGGCGAGAAUUGGAAUUGAGGGAAGCCGAUGCACGUUGUGUCAAGGAGUUAUAUCAAGUGGCGAAUAUGGCAACAAGUAUGACCAUCUAUGGCGAUGCUGAUUUGACGGCUGCGUUCGACUUGCUGAUCAAAGGCAAGUUUGAGAGCUUGAAGUUUCUUGGUCUUGAAAUUGAAUGCCCUAGUGAUCACUUGUUCAAAGACAGUAUCUAUCCAGCAUUGGCCACUGUGGGCAGUUUCUUGGACCAGCUUGCUGUGUCCUAUCUAGAUAGCAGCAAACUGUCCCUGGAAAUGGUCACGGAUUACUGUCCCAACUUGACUCACCUUACAUACCACGGUUACAACACAUCUAGUAGCAGUAGUAGUACUAACAUCGUUCGUAACAUUAGCAAGGAUAGCAACUCAAGUAAUCGUCACAUCCACCUUCAGUAUGCAUACAUUCAUGUUGACGAACAGUUAGAUCCGAACGAUUUAUCCUGCUUGCUCCAAAGAACGCGCAAUCUACAACGACUCAAUGUCAGCUAUUGCAAACCGGAAAUUCUGGAUACCAUUUUCAACUGCUGCCCUGAUAUCCCAUAUCUCAACUACAACAUGCCCACGCUGACAUAUUACAAUACCACACAACGAUUGAAACUUAUGAAAAACAACAAGAGCAGGAACAACCAUGCAGAUGAAGACAACUGGCGACGCAACAAAGCAUAUGAUGUUGAUGAUGGGAACGCAGAUGGUGUAGUAGCAGUAGGAGGAGGAGGAGUACUAGAAAAGGCAAAAGGAGGUAUGCAGGUUCUGAAUAUUGUCAAUCAGGGGCCAAUCCUUGAAAGCGACCAGAUCUUGCGAUUCCUCACACACAACAACACGACGCUGAAGGAGUUUGGGCUCACAAGUCGACGAGACGAUGGUGGUUUACAACAGCACCAAGAAAUGCCGAACUUCGCUGCCAUGUAUUUCCCAGACAUCAACAAUUAUACCAAUACGUUACGACGAUUCCACUGUGAUGCUCCCGUCGAUGCCACGAUUUUGUCUUCUGUCAUUCGUCAAUGCGCUUGGUUGGAGGACAUCAAGUUAUCCAACGCAAACACAGAAUGUCUCCAGCACUUAGUGUUGUGCUUGACGCGACGACUUCGCAAGCUGCAUCUGGUAGGAUGUCAAGAGCUGCAGGAACAGGACAUGGGUACUUUUCUGGUGAAUUGCAAACGGACAUUAUCGAGUGGCUACUCUUCCUGCAGCAUGCUUUCGACGGACAAGUCGUUGACCUUAGAAGAGUGUGGAGCAUUGACGGAUACAACACUUGUCCAUUUGGCUGAUAUUCCGACCUUACACACGCUAGUGCUCAAAGAGAUCAACAAUAUUACGGCUGCAGGCAUAUAUACUUUUUUCGAAAAGUUGUCACAAACCUGUCGCAAUGCUUCGUUAAACCAUGGUAAACUUGACAGUCCUUUACUGAAGCGGAUCGAAUUUGAGCAUGUGAAAAGUUUGACGGAUGAUGCGCUUGCAAAGCUCGAUACGGUUGCUCCAGUAGAAUCUAUCGUUUUGAAAGCGCUUCACCACAUAACAGUAAAAGGUAUUCAGAAACUUGUUGAUGGUCAUGCAGCGUCACCGUCGUCGUCUCUUUGUCGAAUCAGCGUCGUUGACUGUAAUCGUAUCGACAAUGCAGAACUAUCCAGCGCGGUUGCUAAUUCGAAAGUUAGGAUUCAUAGAACCAAUCCAUUAAUGGUAGAAGAGUCUAUGUUGUAGUAUGGUACUAUAUUUCUGUUCUUCUAGUAUUGAUAAGAGUACACGUUGUUAGCAGUCCUGUACUAUUAAAAGUCCAUGUACAUACUUUGGCUUCUUGUAAUUAUUCAUCACGAAAGUUAUUCAAAAGUAAAAUUUCAAAAAACCUCCCUGUUGC